UAAACGGCCUCUUUUCAUGGGAAGUCAUUGAGCUAGGAUUUUGUGAAAUGGCAGAGGUGAAUUAUAAACAAGAUAUGCCUCCGAAAGGAGGGUAUGCACCUAUUGUUUUUCAAAAUAUUCCAGUAAAAAAGUAUUUUAAUGGGUACACCAUGUUUGCUGGGUUUGCUGCAAUAACAUCAUUUUCAUUUUAUAUGUACUAUCAAAAUUUUAAGAGGAGAAGACUGCUAAAGAUCGAACGUCAGGACGCUAUUAAUGCCCUAGAACCUAUACUACUUGCUGAAAGAGAUAGAUCAUAUCUGAAGCAGUUACGAAGAAAUGUAGAAGAAGAAGCUGAACUGAUGAAAAAUGUUCCCGGUUGGGAAGUUGGCACAUAUUAUGGAGAACCCAUCUACAAGACUGUACCAAAAGAAAAACUGCUUGAUCCAAUAUUGGAGGAAUAUUAUGCGCACACAAGUGAAAAAGCUUACGAUGAUAAAGCAAACGAGUUCUUGUGGCGUUGAUGUAUUUUUAGAGGAAAAAAACAAUUUGUAGUAAAUAACUUUUCAGACUAACUGAUGUAGUGAACAUUAUUUGUUUCAACCUUUGCUGUGUAGAAUAAUUGACGGUAUGAACAGUUAGGGAAUAGGAAAAAAAUGUACAUUUGAAAGAUAUUAAAGCUUUCUAGCUGUGUUAGAAACGAAA